GUGUAGCUUUAACAUAACAAUUAUAAGCUAAAGCAAAAUCUAAGUCCAUUGAGUUUUUAUCUUAAAUAUCAUCCAAUUUCUGUGUACACAUCUUAUGUCUUACUCAACUAUUUCCUGACGGAGGGUAUCAGAGAGAGAGGGAAUCCCUUUGAUAGUCAUGUAUGUGGUAGCACAGCAUUCCAAGUUGAUGAGGUAUUUCUGGUGUUUGGAAUGCGUUUAUUACAACCUAUGGGUAUACGACGUAAAUAAUGUCCUUGGGCAAUCAUUCAUCAGUCUAUAUAUGAUCUCUGGAUGCCCAGGUUGUCGCUCACUCUGCGCAACUCUGCGCACGGAGCAUUUCUAUUGACAGCUCCGGUGCCCGUACCCAACCUUCUGCAGAUUUCUGUUUCAAACCAACAGCUUUUGCCACUGUGACAGGUGUGACAUGAUGUAGGGCUGUUUUGAGAGAGUCAGAACUGAUGGACAGCGAAGGUUGAAGGGAACCAAACUUUGUCAUGGCAACUGCUUGGGAGUACAUUCUGGUUGUGGUCAACGGAAUUGCCGUUGUGGCGACUGUUGUCGGUGGGCUCCUCACCAUCCUAGCCAUCUGCACACGCCCGGACCUACGAAAACUGGUCAACGUGCCUCUGGUCAGCCUCGGUUGUACAGACAUCCUCUUCAACUCCAUAUUUUCCCCCUUUUGGAUCCAGCAGAUUCUAAACCCCCUUUGGGAGCCCCCGCCAGCCCUGUGCUGGUUGAUAGGCUAUACCUCUCCCGUGCUGUUGGGAGCGUCCUUAUGGCACAUGUUGUGUAUCGCUCUUCAAAGGUAUUUCACGAUCUGUACCAACAGCACACGUCUGAAGUCCAAGCAGGCCCUUAUAGUCAUGAUCUUGCUUGCAUGGUCGGUCCCUAUCCUUUCUUUCUUGCCUCUUUACAUCAUUGAGGAAGUUAAGAUGGAUCCAAAGCUGAAACGGUGUGGGACGGCAAAUUCUGACAAACUCUGGGCGAAGGUUUCCCCGGCCAUUCUAAACUGCAUAUUCCCGUACAUCGCUGCCCUUGCCUUUUACAUCCUUAUCCAAAACCACGUGAGAAAGAGUAAGAAUCGUGUCCAAGGUCAUGCAAAGGGCCCCACAAACCGUUUGGCAGUUCAGUUCUCGAAGUCGGGUGGUCGUGGUGUAGCCAUUCCUUCCACGAGCGCGGAAACCGACAAGGUGACAAAGCCGGUUAGAAACCUGGAGGGUGUAGUGUGGGUGGGAGACGAAAAUCCCUCAUCAAGUGACGAUGAGCCAGUUGUCAAGCCAGGUAAACCCAAAGUUACUAUCGUGCAGGUUGCUUCAGCACCUGGCACAGGUGAACAACAGGGCAAAAAAUCCUUACUCAGUGACCAGGAACCAAAAGGCAACGAGCCAGAUAAAAACGUCAUCCCAACCGCCACCAUAGUGUCAGAUCAGACUGGUACAAAUAAAGGACCACAGCGAGCUCACGCUGUCCCGGGAAACAGUUCUCAAAACCACAAUAGCGCCGCUGAAAGGCAGAUUAUCAAAAUGAUGAUGUUCCUGUUUGCUGCGUACACGCUGUGCAAUAUGCCUUUUAUUGUGAUGAUGAUUUUCUCCAGCAAAGUACCAGCUGAAGCCUUCGCUGUUGGCCAACUGCUACUCUCGUUAAACGGUGUCCUGAACCCGAUCAUAUACGGCGUUAUGAACAAGAACAUUCGCGGGGGGUACAAGCAUAUCUGUGUCCGUAUGCUCAACUUCAUAAGUUUCUGUCAGCCUCGCUAAGAACGAACGCUUGCCAUUGAACCGUUUAUUCUGACGCCUGACCACGAUUCAACCUAGUAAUAAUUGAUUUGACAUCAUUGCAAACGUGAGACUAAAUGGCACAUCAAAAAUUCAACUGAAUUUUGUUUCACUCACUAAUGUAGAAAUUUUAGAUGAUCUAUAUACCUGCGAUAGACUUCAAUGAGUUUGAGUCACCUUCAGUUGUCUUUCCUACAGAUAUAGUUAUGAAACAGACUUUCUCUUUCUAACUUAAAGUGCGUCACUCAUACAUUGAUAAGCUACUAAGAAUAAUAACUGUCUUCAACAAAUAUUAUGAUGGUUCACAAAGAUGGGCAUGGUAUGUUAAUUGACGGUCCUUUUGCUGCGUGAGCGAUCGUUUAAACAUCUUACAAAAAAGAAUGCAGCCGUGUCAUGACAGUGCAAAAUUCUCUAUGAAAGUCGUACUGCAAUAAGUUUGAGUCACCUUUAGUUGCCUUUCCAACAGUAGAUUCUUAUGAAAAAGACAUUCUCUCUCUACAUUCAAACAUUAAUAAGCCAAUAAAAAUGAUAAGAACUAUUUUCAUCAAAUAUUUCAAAAUUCCCCAAGUAAUGAAGCCGUGUUAUGAUGCACAUGGUAUGUUAAUUGCCAGUCCUUCGGAUGCGUGAGUGAUCCUUUAAGCAUCUGACAAAGAAUGCAGCCGUGUCAAUCAUUCACAAUACGGAUUCGA